AUGGAAGCUCCCCACCACAUGGCGAUUCGCGAGCUCGACCUCAGCGCCUACCAUCCAAACCCUCUGGUCGACCGGGUCAACGCCAUGCCAGGACUGAAGACAAGUGCAGCUUUCUUCACCUUCCUCCGCGCCAACCUCGUCCUCCACUCCGCAAUGUCCUCAGCCACCAGCACCCCGCGCCUCGGCCCGUCCUACCCAUUCGCGCCCUCGCCCUCGCCCUUCUCUGCCUCUGCCGCCGUCUCCGCCGAUCAGCUCUUCGAUCUCGAUGACGACAACAUUGAUAUCCCCCCGCUGUCCCUCGAAAUCCUCGAGUCCCGCCGUGACAAGGUCGACGGCCUCCGCCUCGUUGCCGACUCCAUCGCACAGAUGCGCCAGCGUGCUUCCGUUGCCCUCGUCUUCCACCCUCUCUGCCUCGCCGGCCUAUCCGCCGCGCUUGCUACCGUCUACCAGCUCGGCUUCGUCUCUACCCUCGAUAUGGGCGUAUCCAUGACCGUCUCCUGCGGCGUCGUUAUGAGUUACCUGAUGGGCAUCCGCUACCUCGCCAGUGGUUACGUCUCCCUCGCCGAACGUCUACGCUGGGGCUGGCUCCGCGCCGACGACGGUGAGGAGGACACACUGCUGGCUGCCCGCUACAAUGACGAGAUCAUCGGUUCCCUAGUUCUUCGCCUCGAACCUAACCCGGCCGCCCUUGCCAGUCCCAGGCGCAAGUACCGCAGCGUCGCCCUCCGCGGUGGCAAGGGUGUCAUUCGCGCGUGGACCACGAGCCUGCGCUACCGUGGCAAGGGUGUCGGUAAGGACCUACUCUACGAAGCUGUCCGUAUCACCAAGGAGCGCUGCGGUCGGGAUGCCGAGGUCGGCUUCGCCCAGGAGCAUGCCAACAGCGCCAUGCUUCUCCCCGGUAUCUUCAAUGCUCCAUUCCGCCGGGACGAGGUCCUCGCCACCAAGGCGCUUGAGGAAGUCCUCGUCGACUACGAGGUGACUAAGAAGAGGAGGUAA